CGAGUCCGCGAGAAGGAGAGCACUACUACAUGUUGAUAUUACAGUGUACUGAGCCACCUUGGCACUGAGCAGGCAAAAAUCGGCUAAAUGGAUGCUCGUCGUUUCUCGUACGGCUCCCUUCCAAUUCCUUUCCCCUCACAUUCAAAUCUCUCCGAUGAAUCGCAAUCAAAAUCAAGGUCCCUCUCUUUCCUCAAUUCCCCAAUAUUGCCCAAACCCUUCAAGCUCUUCCUCCACUUUCAGCCCUUAUCAGUAGUGCGCCUGAGAUGUGGGAACGCUCAAGAGAUGGCGACUCCGGAACCCAGUGUCAGCACCCCCGUCUCAGAUCACCAUCCAAUUGAUCAACGAAUGCUCCAGAAUAUGGCUUUUGAUGCUCUUGUUUGGAGCUCUCUUCACGGGCUCCUUGUUGGCGAUAAAUCUGUUGAGAGAUCAGGAAGCGUUCCCGGCGUUGGUUUGGUGCAUGCGCCAUUUGCCUUAUUACCCACUUCAUUCCCUGAAAGCCAUUGGAGGCAAGCGUGUGACUUAGCCCCUAUAUUUAAUGAACUUGUUGAUCGGGUGAGUUUGGAUGGAAACUUUCUGCAGGAUACCCUCUCCAGAACUAAGAAAGUGGAUGAAUUUACCUCUAGACUUUUAGAUAUUCAUUCCAGGAUGCUAGAGAUUAACAAGAAAGAGGAAAUACGUUUGGGAUUACAUCGUUCAGAUUAUAUGCUUGAUGAGCAGACUAAAUCACUUCUUCAAAUAGAGCUGAACACUAUUUCAUCUUCAUUUGCUGGUCUUGGUAGCCUUGUGACUGAGCUCCAUAGGAACAUAAUUUCUCACCAUGGAAAAUUGCUUGGACUAGAUCCUGGAAGAAUUCCUAGUAAUACUGCUGUCAGUCAUUUUGCAGAGACAUUGGCUAAGGCUUGGUGCGAGUAUAAUGAUCCCAGGGCUGUAAUUAUGUUUGUGAUUCAGGCUGAAGAACGGAACAUGUAUGAUCAGCAUUGGCUUUCUGUAGUUUUGAGAGAAAAACAUCAUUUAGCAACAAUCCGGAAAACGCUAGCAGAAAUUGAUCUAGAAGGAGAACUUCUACCAGAUGGAACGCUUUCUUUGAAUGGACAGCCAAUUGCAGUCAUUUACUUCAGGGCUGGAUAUACACCGCUUGACUAUCCUCAGAGUCGGUCAGAAUGGAGAGCUAGGCUUGUGAUGGAACAGUCUUCUGCUAUCAAAUGCCCAUCAAUAUCUUAUCAUUUGGUUGGAUCCAAGAAAGUUCAACAGGAACUUGCGAAGCCCAAUGUUCUUGAGAGGUUCCUUGAAAAUAAAGAUGACGUUGCCAAACUGCGCAAAUGCUUCGCAGGAUUGUGGAGUCUGGAUGAUUCUGACAUUGUUAAAAAUGCAAUUGAAAGGCCAGAAUUAUUUGUAAUGAAACCCCAAAGGGAAGGAGGAGGGAACAAUAUCUAUGGGCAUGCAGUGAGGGAAUCUCUAUUAAAAUUGCAGGAAGCAGGAUCUGAAGAAAAUGCAGCUUACAUUCUUAUGCAGAGGAUAUUUCCGACUAAUAAUUCAACAUAUAUCAUGCGCAAUGGCUAUUGUCACGAGGAUCAAACGAUUUCAGAACUUGGGAUAUUUGGUGCUUAUCUAAGGAACAAGGACAAGGUCAUGGUAAAUGGCCAAAGUGGCUAUUUGAUGCGUACAAAAAUAUCGUCAUCUGAUGAAGGUGGAGUAGCGGCUGGCUUUGCUGUAUUAGAUAGCGUAUAUCUGACGCUAUAGAUUCCAAGUUGUCAGGGUAGUCCAAAACAGCAUCGAUGGUUUACAUGAUACAUGUAACUUGUUAUUCGCCUCUAGAUGAAUUUAUUUGUUGGCAUACAUAAAUGGGCAGGAGGUCCGUUUUUAUUUAUGGAUUAGGGGCGCUUUAAUUUAUGGCUCUCUAGAAAAAGGGGCCUUGAUUCGUCUCGAUUAAACUUUUCGACUGUUCCCUAACUUAUAAUUCUUAUCAAAAUGCUAGUUUGAUUGGAAUCUCA